AUGAAACUCCAGCGUAUACAGACUGCCGCGGCUCGGUUGGUCACUGGAACACCAAGAUUCUGCCAUGUUACACCAUUGCUUUUCCACCUUCCUUGGCUUCCGAUAAGUUACCGUAUAAAUUUUACGAUUCUACUUUUGACUUUUAAGUGCUUAUAUGGUCAAGUUCCUAAUUAUUUAAUUGAUUUAAUUACUAUCAAAAAGCAAUCUAGGUAUUCUCUAAGGUCAAAUGAGUCUAGUAUAUUCCUCGAGUUACCUGGCAACCAACUCUUGGCUAUCGUGCAUUUCAGUCUGCUGCACCUUAUCUCUGGAAAGCAUUACCUUCGGCAAUUUGCAACAUAA